UUGUUGUCAGUUUUGUUAUUGUUUGUCAACCCCAAAAACUUCUAAAUUAUCAGUAAAAUUCUUCUAAAUCUCUUCUAAAACUUAUCAGCCGGUCAAGACAACAGGAUGGCGGAGAAUAUACUGCAGAAAAGCCAUAAUUUCAAUAUCCCAGUGCAGAGAACGGAUCUGUCCAGUUUUGAUGACGCCUUCUCAUCUCUGAAGGAACGGUUUGAGGCCGAAAUGCGGAGGGUGGAUGAAGAGAUGACGAGGUUCAGCACCAACCUGAUGUACUUUUACGACCAGACCCCGACUGGGCAACUGAACAUAUCCUCGCAGACAGCGCUGCCCUCCGCUGUCAAUCCUGAGAUGCUGACCAACUCACCGCUUGUGGAGGGGGAGGGGGAUUCCAAGACUUUGAAGCUCCAGUUUGAUGUCAGCCAGUUUACUCCCAAUGAGGUGGCAGUCAAAAUACUGGAUAACGUGCUGAUGGUGACAGCGAUUCACGAGGAGAAGACAGACAGCAGCACAGUCUACAGGGAGUACCAUAGAGAAUUCUUCCUCCCUCGGGGCAUAGACAAGGAGGCCAUAGUGUCAUCGCUCUCUCGAGACGGUGUGCUUACCAUACAGACUCCUAUGCCUCCAUUAUUGGCUUUAAUUGAUAGAUCAGCGCCGAAAAGUACUGAAGUAAAAAAGUGAAGAGGAGAUUAAUUUAAUAAUAGGUAAUCAAAGUAGAACAAGAUAAACAUUGGUACACUAGUUUACAUAAUCUAAAUCUAGAGAAAUUGAAAGAAAAGAAAAAGAAAAGUAAACUUAAUAAGAAUAAUCAUUUGGAUAGCAAUGAAAACUAAAAUAAGAAUG